UUUUUACUGUAGUGUCCCACUGAGCCGACUGUAAACUUCCACUGCGAGGUCACAAAGGUCCGUUUACCACCGGGGAACAGCAGAUAGCAGGCAUCCCUGAUCUCCAACCUGAAUGAGAUGCUGCUGUUGGUGACCACUGGAUUGGUUUUUCUGUGCUCUUCACUCACAGCAGGUGGAACCAGUGUGCAGGUGUUCUACUGCGAGAGUGAAGGCUGUGCUGCUAAUGUUACUCAUGUUUACUGUGACGACGUUGAGAUGCUUAACAAAAGAAGCAUCGCAGAGUGCUUCGUUCCCCCUGAGCCCAAUACUGUGUGUGAGCAUCGCGGUCGAGCAUUUCUUUCCGUCGCCGCAAAUUUAUGCGAAUUUGAAAGCGACACAGGAUACAUAAAAACGAAAAACUGUAAAGCCCCUGAUGUUUGUGCUUUUUUAAAUGGAGCUACCACACCUUCGGUCACGCCAACCGGUAUCCAAAAAGCUGAGCAGCUCAAUACUAAAACACCGGGCGUCGUGACAGGAGUAGUUUGUUUUGUGGCACUGCUGGUCUUUGGUGUGGGUAUCUUAUACAAAAUGGCACCAAAUCAUCAGCAGCAAAGUGAGCCUGGCGUGACUGUGCCCCUAACAGAAGUCCACAGCUGUGGAGACACCACUGAGAGACACACUCAAGCCAGUCCUGGAUUGGAGAAUGGCAGCUCUGCAUUCCAAUCUGACAGUGGAGAUUUGUAA